GACCUGGACCACAGCUCCCGUCGUGCCCCGCGCGCACCCCUAGCUGGGCUGGGCAGCGCUGCUGGGAUGUUGGUGGCUGCAGCAGCUGAACGAAACAAGGAGCCCAUCCUGAGCGUGAUCCGCCAGUAUGUGGAUUCUGCCCAGCACGGCGUUCGCGUGCUCGAGGUGGCCUCGGGUUCCGGACAGCACGCCGCGCACUUUGCUCAGGCUUUCCCGCACGCCGAGUGGCAGCCGUCGGACGUGGACCAGCGCUGCCUGGACAGCAUUGCUGCCACCACUCAAGCCCAAGGGUUGACCAAUGUGAAGCCCCCGCUGUACCUGGACGUGACCUGGGAGUGGAAGCAAUGGGGCGGGAUUCCGCAGCGAUCGCUGGACCUGUUGCUCUGCAUCAAUAUGAUCCACAUUAGCCCCCUGAGGUGCACUGAGGGACUCUUGAGAGCAGCAGGACACCUGCUCAAACCCAAGGCUGUGCUGAUCGCCUAUGGGCCCUUUGCAGUCAAUGGGAAGAUCUUUCCCCAGAGCAACGUGGACUUUGACCAGAACCUCAGAUGCAGGAACCCAGAAUGGGGGCUUCGUGACACAGCCCUCCUGGACGAACUGGGCCGGGCCAGCGGCUUGGUCCUGGAGAGGAUGGUGGACAUGCCAGCCAACAACAAGUGCCUGGUCUUCCGGAAAGAGGAGCCUCCCUUCUGCCUCCCGUGUGCCUAUGCCUCUGUCAAAGGCCCUGUCGCAGUAUGAGCCAGACCUCGGUCCCUCCCUCACUGGGGCAGCCCUCCUCGUCUGGUGGCCACAGGGCUGCAGAGAGCCCAGGUACAGCAAGUCUUGAAAUAAAGCCAUUCCAGCCCCCUUUGGGCUAUCUAUACCA